AUGGACACAUGCAAAGAUAAGCAGCCAACUCCAGGCUUGGGAGUUGUAGACAGGGCUGGCUAUGUGCUGAGCACUCUUGGGAAAGGAGCAGUUUGUGGAGUUUGCUUAGGCUCAGGCUUCUUUUCCUACUCCAAGGGCAAGAUGGCAGAGGAAGGCUCACAGGACACCUUGAGGCUCCAGUUCAGGGCCAUGCAGGAGAUGCAGCACAGAAGGUUACAGAAGCAGAUGGAGAAACGGAAGGAAAAAGAACUUAGCCUCCAAAGCAGAGUUGAUGACCAAAAAGAGCCCCUGGAGAUCUCUGAUGGCCUCAGCGUCCUCCAAGCCGGGGAGCAGAACUCAAAAACCAGCUUUGAGCAGAGGAUGCUUGAAGACGAGAUCGAACGGCUUCGGGAUCAACUCAGGGAAACAGUGGAUGAGAACGGGCGAUUGUAUAAGUUGCUGAAGGAGAGGGACUUUGAAAUCACACACCUCAAAAAGAAAAUAGAAGAGGACAGAUUUGCCUUCACAGGGACGGCUGGGGUGGCUGGGGAUGUGACUGCCACCAAGAUCGUUGAGCUGUCCAAAAAGAACCGGGUGCUGAUGGCAGAGUCUGAGGGUGCGAAGACCAGAGCGAGGCAGCUGAGCAACCGCAUCCAGGAGCUGGAGGGAGAGCUGCAGAUGGCCCUGGCCAGGCUGCCAGCCAAGGGAGCCACCGACGCAGGAGCCAAGCUGCCGAAGGCCCAGAUGGGAGACAGAGCCUUGCAGGACAGCCCAGAGGUGAAGGUCUUGCAGGACAGGCUGGCAGCCACAAACCUGAAGAUGAGUGACCUCCGCAACCAGAUCCAGGCUGUGAAGCAGGAGCUCCGGAUGGCCCAGAAGGUUUUAACCAGUGAGGUUGGGGAAGAUGUGAACAUCCAGCAGCUCCUGUCCUCACCUGGGACGUGGAGGGGUCGAGCUCAACAAAUUCUCGUCUUGCAGAGCAAGGUUCGAGAGCUUGAGAAACAGCUGGGACAGACUCGGAGCCGGUCGGUAGAAACAGCCAGUGAUGAGCUGUCCGUCUAUCCCGAUCCAAGGAAGCUGUCGGCACAGGAGAAAAAUCUGCUGAGGAUCCACAACCUGGAGAGGGAAAAACAGGAAAGCUGGGAGAAACUUGCAGCGGAGCGGGAUGCCCUCCAGAGAGAGCUCGAAGAGCUGAAAAAGAAGUUUGAGGGCGUGAGGUCCCGGAACAAGGUGCUAUCGAGUGAAGUGAAGACCCUCAGGAGUCAGAUGGGGACCCUCGUGGAGAAGGGCCGGCAUGACGACGAGCUCAUCGACGCCCUCAUGGACCAGCUGAAGCAGCUACAGGAGAGUCUGGGCAGCCUGAGACUGCAGGAGGAGAAGACGCGAGUGUGCCAGCACCACUUGGACCAGCAGCUCAACAAUGAGGCUCAGCAGAGCAGCAGCCUUGUGGCCCAGCUGCGGGCCACGGUGGCUGAGCGGGAGGCCAAGGUGCGGCAGCUGGAGGUGGAGAUCGGGCAACUCAGUAUGCAGUAUCUUCGGAAUAAAGGAGUAGGCGAGGGGUCCAGUGGGGCCGAGGUCAACCCGGCCUCCGCCAAGUUCCCCGAGGACCCGGGCCUGACCAAGUCCCCGGCCUCAGCAGGCGAUCACGCUGGCAGGCUUGGAUCUUCUCGCUCCGUGACCAGCCUGGGCCACACACUGGUGGAAUCUGCUCUCACAUGGCCUUCCCUGCAUAGUCCUCACGGGCCCUCACCCAGGUUCUCGGACUCCCCAGAACAAAAAGCCUGGCAGACACAGGUGACAGAGUUCAAAGCCCUGUGGCAGGCCGCUGAGGUGGAGCGUGACCGGCUCACCGAGUUUGUCACCGUUCUGCAGAAACGGGUGGAGGAGAGUAACAGCAAGCUUCUGGAGUCAGAGAGGAAGCUGCAGGAGGAGCGGUACCGCACCGUGGUGCUGGAGCAGCACCUGGGGAAGAUGCGACUGGAGCCUGGGAGGACAUCAGCUUCUCAGCGAGCAGCCCCCAGGAGCCAAACAGGUGUGCCCACCUCUAACACCAGGCACAACCCAAAGGAGAGUGAGAGGAAGGACCCAUCUUCUGCCCAGAUCUCCAAUGUGCCCGUGGAAUCCCAGAUGGAGGAGCUGACCACCAGGCUGGCCAUCCAGGUGGAGGAGAACGAAAUGCUGAAGGCUGCCCUAGGCAGUGCCCUCCAGGGAAAGGAGGAGGACUUCCGAAUGUACCAUGAGACCCUGGGCCAGGUGAAAGGGGUCUUCCUGCAGGCCCUGCGGCAGCAGAAGGCGGACAAGCACUAGGAAGGCGGCCCAGUGUCAGCCUGGCUGGACGGGGCAGCCUUAGGCCCUGAGAGGACGAGGCUCUAUCUGAGGACUCCAUGUGCUCCUGGAAGCCAACCUGGGGCAGCCAGCUGGGCCCCUUCUCCUAGAAGAGGCUCUCCAAGGGCAACAAGAGCCAACAUCCCAUGGCAGGAGAAGCCCUGGGCACGCUUAGCGAUGGCAGGGGAGGAGGCCGGCAGCCUGUCGGCACCAGCAAGAGCUCGGGGAUGAGAAGCCGGCUGGGAACGGACAGAUGCAGUCCCUUGGGCAGGUGCUCACUGCCCUUGUCCUAGAGCCUAGCGGGGACCCUGCAUGCCCACAGGGCUCCACAUGUGCAGGAGAGCCCAGAGGGCUCCAGGCUGGGAGCAUCCCCCAGGCCGCCCAGCCCCGCCCCACCUCCCUCAG